UGCAGCUGCAGCACCGUGCCCGGGCAAAUGCCUCUGUGGUCCCGAAGGUCGUCGUCAGUCUUGCGGGCAUUUCCUCACCUGCGUGUCCAAUCACACGGGUGAAACGGGGCUGCUUUUCGAAAAUAGACCCCUGCACCCCGCUAACCUGUCGUCCAACUCGGGCACCCUAGAUGCUGGAAGGACACUCCUGCUUCACCACACCGCAGCACCCAUACAAAUAGCACGCCCGCCCGCGACCCGGCCGGCCCUCUUUCACCAUGACAACUGCUGCCCAAGACGAAUUCAACGAGCUUAUGCGAGACAAGGGCCGUGAAGAAAGACAUCCAGAAGACCGACACAACGACAGCGACCACUCUGAUCCCGAGUCCGAAGGCGCCGACAAGGACCGCUACGAGAUUGUAGAUACCGACGACGAACUUGACCUGCCCGCCGACAUGCGCUCCAACUACUACAUGCCCUCGCACAUCCGCUCCGAGGCCAACACAGGGCCGAAGGGUGUGAUUGCAGAUGCGCAGGCCUUUGAGCAGGCCAAGAAGCAGGCGCGACGCUUCACAUGGAAGAAGGGGUCGUCGCCGCAGCAGUACAACGUCACAGCCUACCAGGCCGACCAGCUGUCAUCCGACGAGGAGAACGACAGCGGUUUCAUGAAGCAAUGGCGCGAGUCGAGGCUGCGCGAGCUGCAGAACGCCGGCCAGCGCAUACGGUCGCGCACCAACAGCCCCAGCCGGAGGAUCUACGGCAGCAUGCCUGCCGUCGACGGCGAGGGCUAUCUCGACGCCAUUGAAAAGACCUCGUCCGACACAACUGUUGUGGUCUUCAUCUACAACGACCAGUCUGAGAUCUCAAACAUGGUCGAGGAGUACAUGCGCCAAGUCGCGCAGCGCAACGACACAGUGCGCUUCAUCAAGCUGCACAACCACGAUGCUGAGAUGGAAGAGCAAGGCGUCCCAGCCGUCCUUGCCUACAAGGGCGGUGAGAAGUUCGCCGGCCUCGUACCACUCCUCAACGAGCUCCCUGAAGACUCGGAGCUCAGCGCCAUCAGCCUCGAGACGGCAUUCAGGAGGCACCGCAUUCUAUAAAUACUCCUAAUACGAAAUGCACUCCUAAAUCCGUCUCCCCGACGGCUUUGCGCCUCCGCAUGCAUGCACGACGCUCGGUUCCGCCGCGCUGGUGCUAAACGCGGG